AUGCCCCAUAUGCGCGAGGUUAAGACGUGUGACCGCUGCCGCCAUUUCAAACGGCGCUGCGAUUUGCUCAAGCCUUCUUGCUCACGAUGCAUUCAGGCGGGAGUGCGCUGUAGCUUCGACGUCAAUGGCGUCGCUGUGCCCGGGCAGAAUGGGUUGAUUUCUCCCACUGCGUCGACUGAGAGCCCUGAGCCUCACGCCGGAGUUGAUGCCAAUGGCAUGCCGAUCGACGGUGCCUCUGCUGCUGGGUCUGCGGCAAAUCAGUUGCGUGUUGUCCGCAAGCGCAAGCGCAAUUGCCUGAGCUGCCUGCGCUGCCAUCGCCUCAAGGUAAAGUGUGACAAGGAGCUGCCGUGCGGUCGCUGUAAGUCGAGCGGCAACGGAAGGGAGUGCUAUUACAGCUACAACAAAGGUCCCAACGGCGGAAAGUUCCCUUGUCCCACAGCCCCAUCCAGCACCAGUGAAGAGACAACGACGGUUCUUGCUACUUGGCAAGUCCAGCACAAAGUACGAGGAUCUAGCCAUUGGCGAGACCUCAUGACCAAGAUUGGCACUUUGACGACUUUGGAAUCAGCACCACUGGCUGCCGCCCUUGAGGAUGUGGCUACAAAUGCUUGCUUGGCCAACUUCACGCUGCCGGGCAAUUUCCCCUUUGGCACCCCUGGAGCAAGCAAGUACUAUACCCGCGAUGCCGUUACUCGACUAUUGGCGAGUGAGAGGGCAAACCACGAGAGGUACCUUGAGCGGUAUCUCGAGCUGCUCGACGUGGUAAAUCCAAUCGUGGACAUUCACAUCUUUAAGCGUGAGAUAGAACGCUACUGGGUAGAUCCCAACGCCUCAGAUCUAUGUUGGCUGGCACAGUUCCUCAUGGUCAUGGGCUUAGGCAGCUUUGCCUCUCCGGAGGGAGAGCCUCCCGUUGCCACAGAGCUUAUGAUGGCUGCCGAGGCAUGUCUUAUGCAGACACCAUUCUCUUUCCGACCGACUUUGCUGGCCCUCAAAACGCUCGCCCUCAUGGUUGUGGCCAAGCAAGUCUGUAAUCCUACCUGCUGGUCUGUAGAUUCAUGCUGGUCCCUGCUCGGAAUGCUCGUUCGCACGGCCUUUAUCUACGGCCUUCCUCAAGACCCGUCAAGCCUCGAAGACGAGGGGCGUAACCAGGAGGAAAAGGAUUCCCGGCGAAAGCUGUGGCUCACAAUCCUGUAUCUUGACGUCAAGGUGGCCAUGUGCACCGGUAUGCCGCCCCUUACACGGCCCGACGAACUCGGCAGCCUGGAGAAGAUCCCCGAUUGGGGCCCGCCGGACAGCCUGCAGAUGGUGCUGUACCAGUCACUGCCAACCGUGCUGGCCGUCAUGGCACAGAUCAACUCCAACAAGGAGCAAAUAUCCUACCCCGACGUGCUGCGAUACAACGCCCAGCUGCGAGAGCUCAUGAGCCACGCCCAGCGGGUCUGUACCGGACAGCUGCAACGCGUCACGGUCGACAUCUUCUUGCGACGAUGCCUUAUGGUUCUUCAUCGUCCCUUUGCCCUGCACCCAGAGGGGCCCGUCAUGUUUCCCGAGUCGUACUGGUCAUCCUUGGAGUGCUGCCUCGCGCUGCUGGUACACUACCGCGAGAUGUGGGCUGGUGAGCCGCACCUGCGCCUGGACUUGGUCGGACGAGCUUUCGUGCUCGAUUUCUUCUCCGCAACCUUGACGACAUACAUCCAUGUCCUUCGCGCAGACGCACCUCUAACUGGCGCUGCUGCGAUGGGAUGCGCCAUUCCGCCUCGGCAGAUCAUUCUCGACACACUGCGAAGCUGUGUUGACAUUUGGAGCUCGGAAAAGGAUAAAAGCGUGUGCUACCGCACUGGGUACAAUUUGGUUGUUGCCGUGCUCAACCUGGUUCCUAAAAAUAAGAUCUAA